AUGGCACUGGAGAAGAUGGAGGUGGAUUUUUCAGCCACCGUCGACGAGAAGAUUCCAAUUUUCAAGUCGCUCGCUUCAGUAUUCUAUAUUUUAUACAUUAUAUCUAUGUAGGAUGGCAAAAUAGAUGAAGCGCUUGAGAAGUGCUCCGUUCUCGAGAAGCAAACACGAGUCGUACGUAUGACCCAUAAUUUUACACCCCCUUAAGGCCUCGGAUGCCAUUUCUACGGGCCGUCUACUUACUUGCAUAGUAGAAAUCCUUGCGGAGGCAAAUCAAUGGGACAAACUAAAUGAGUACCUCGUCUUGAUGUCAAAGAAGCGAAAUCAGCUAAAACAAGCUGUCACUAAAAUGGUCCAGGCAGCAAUGAAUUAUUUAGAUAAAACACCCAACGAACCGGUUAAGUUGGGGUUAAUCGGUACUUUGCGAACUGUUACUGAAGGGAAGGUACCUCACUUCUGAUUACAAACCGUUAUAGAUCUACGUCGAAGUUGAACGGGCAAGACUCACGCGGCUGCUCGCUGAUAUCAAGGAAUCCAAGGGAGCUAUUGAUGAGGCUGCCGACAUACUGCAGGAAAUCCAGGUCGAAACUUUUGGUUCCAUGGAGAAGCGUGAAAAAGUCGAAUUUAUCCUUGAACAAAUGCGACUCUGUCUGGCUAAAAGGGAUUUCAUUAGAACUCAAAUACUGAGCAAGAAGAUUUCGCCUAAAUUUUUCCAGGAGGAAGGGACUGAGGACCUGAAACUCAAGUUUUAUAGGCAAAUGGUUAUGGUUGACUUACAGAAUGAUUCAUAUUUGUCGAUAAGCAAACACUAUUGGGAAAUGUACAACACAAAGAUUGUCAAGGGAGACGAUUCUGAAAAGCAGAAGGUGGGAUUUUCUUUCUGUUUUUUUACCAUCCUAGACUUUGCGCAAUCUGGUUGUGUAUCUUAUCCUUUCACCAUAUGACAACGAGCAGCACGACUUAAUGCAUCGCUGGAUGACAUUACGUGACCUAGAGGCCCUUCCCGAAUAUGUGUAGGUUUUCUUUUUCCAUCUGUCCCAAAGUUAUUUUUUAAUGUCGCAAUCUGGCAAUUCGUUGCUCCUUAUCUUUUGUGGAGUUUCCUACUUAACAGCUUCGCCAUCCUGCCAUAGGUGUAUGCUGAAGGCCUUUACGACUCAAGAACUUCUGCAGUGGGACGAAUUUUGUGAAAAGCACGAAGUGACUUUGCGAAACGAAACGGAGGCAUUUUCUGUUUUGAAUGGUUCAAAAGGUCCCGAGCACGCCCUUAAGGCCCUCCAGGCUCGCGUCACUGAACACAAUAUCCGCGUUAUUUCCGCAUACUACACGCAGAUAAGACUCGCUCGUCUCGCUGAAUUGCUUAAACUCGAUGUUGACGUAAGUCCUUCGUGUAUUACUAUGCUGUCAUUAAAGUGGCAUUUUAUACAAACCAUGACGUGCUGAAAUGGUGCUUGACAUUUCCGUCAUUUUUGAUUUUCCUGCAUAUUUAAGUACACCUUUUUAUCACUCUGGUACAAGUCUUUCGGGGCGUGUUCAGUUCCCAAUAAUUCUCUAUUGGCUGAUAGCCAAUCAGAGAAGGAACGGUGACGGGCAUUUCUGACCAAUUUUUUCGUUAUCCAAAGUGUUUUCGAGGAGUCGACUACGUAAGUGGUGGACGUUUGGUUAAAUGGUUUACACAUAUGGUAGGAAAGAUCAUCAGUCCUGGGAAACCUUUAAUGCAAACUUUACUGUUUUUUUAUAGACCACUAACAAAAUUGCAGCGCCGCGCAGCGCCCACCAAAAAAGUAGUCUGACGAUUUCUUACACUGGUGUCCAAUCGCUUUCGAUUCCUGUAUUUCUGUUUGCACUCUCUGUCUGCCGCAUUAACUUACGAGGAUAAGCACAUGCGGCCUGUUGCGAUUAGUCCUUUUUCGUGACAUUUGAGCAACAAAGUAACGGUAACUUGCCUCACCCUUUAUUAGUCAUUUCCGCCCAGGCAACUUAAGGGAAGUAUAAAGCCAGUGCUGCCGUGAUAUUAGUAGAGUAGAAGACUAAUGCGAAUAUGUUUUUGAGCGCAAGUUAGGAAUACCAACUUCAUGGAACUGUACUUACACGAACAGUGGAUUAAGAGAUUUGAAGUAGUUUUUUGGAUGUAAUGUUUUGAGAACACAAAAGACGAGACUGCGUAGUAAAUGCAUGCCCAGUUUGUGACAUGUGCACUAUUCUGUGACAUCUUGCUUAAGUCGUUUAAGUCUAUUUGACUUACCACAUUUCAUACACUCCCAUACACUCAUUGUGCAGUUACCUUUUAUUCUCUCUGUUAUAUUUAAGAGUGGUAUGCAUACAUACUAGCACUUACGACUUGGUUUAUUUUGAUACAUACUCGAUGACAACCCUAAUCACACCCAAGUGACGACACUAUGAUUCGGAAUACACAGAAGGCCCUACUGGACGUCUGAGUUGUUAGGUUGCAAAUUAGAGGGGCAAAUAUCAGGAACGAGUUAGGGACGCCGAUUUUUUGCCGUUUUAAGCAAUUCGAUGGCCGUCUCGAUCGUUUUCGAAAGCUUAAUGCCACUUUUGGCCCGGAGUAUAGUAUGGCAGAUACUCCCACGUAUCAAAGCCGCAUUUCCGUCUAUUUCCCUCGGUACUGAAAGCCUUUUACGGGACGGCAAGGGCACAACACGGGUUAAAAGGCCGUACGGGAUAAGCGCUUCAAGGUUUGCAGUUGGCUCGCCCUGUACUAUUUUCCAUUCUAAGUGAGUAUUCCAGAUGUUUUUGAGCAAUCUCCUUUGGUUACUACUUUUUGGGUACGAUCAAUCAGCCUUGACCAGUAGGAGCCCAUCCUCUCUGGCUUGAGCCGCGUUCAUUCAUUUUCUUAACACUAUUAAGAAGAGCCCAUCCGCUCGUUCAAAAGCAGCUGGGAAUUUCCCUACAUCGCCGUUAAAAAUAUAUUCAGACAGUUACUCUUGCCAAUUGUCCUUUGUUUAAGUCCAAAAGGGAACCAAGGUGCUACUUCUUAGUUUUUUUUUUCAUUUUAUCUUACGAGCCUGCGAUAGAUCUUGCGGCAUAGUCGUUAUCUUACUUGUACUUGAUGCGGCUGGGAUCUUGCCUCAUCUAGCCGGCUUCGGUAAUAUCACGCGUGAAGAUUUGUGGCAGUGGAUCUGGACAGCCAGAUCCAAUUUUUUUCCAAGCGACGGAGACUGAAUACUAAGGGUCAACGAACCUCUCCCAUGUCUUGAUGAACCUUGUCGAGCCAGGUCUUCAGUUGACCUCUCCGACGCCUUCAAAUGGGCAACGACGCCGGAUCGAGAGCAGUACAACUGAGUCCGUGAGGCGGACGGCGGUGAACGUACACAAACCAUCUCAGUCGCCUUUCUUGAAUGAUCCGCGAUCUUGUCGCAGAGCGUGCAGACUGCACCAUUUAGGACGAAUUUGGCGUACUUCACUCAAAGGAUGGUCCUCAGGCGAGGGUGGUCAAAUAUUUCCAGCCUUCGCUUAUCUUCCACGCACUGCACAUAACAUUCACAGUUUUAAAUAAAGGCCGAGCAGAUGCAGGCACGGUACUCGAAGAUCUUCGUGACGAUCGAGAUGUCGCGUCUGGUUCAUAAGCACUUUCUAGACAUUGAAAAAACCCCCUAAACAGCAUCGAUUGGGGAGACAAUGUCGCCCUUACUUUGUCCAUUGAGCAACAGUCUCGCUCCGAGGUAUUUGAAAGUGCCUACUUCAAAAUGACAGCCUUUGAUCCAGAGGGGUGCCUUCUGAUCAGGGAUGCAGCUGGAAAACAACUUGGUUUUCCCAGCGUUUAUGGAUAAACCAGUCGAGGUGCUGACGUCGUUCACCCAUGACACCACAGACUGCAGAUCACCAAAUCUGGAACUAGCAAGACGAUAUCGUUGGCAUAGUCUAAAUCCGUCAAUCGGUUUCGGGUGCAAAUUCUACACUCAUGAAACCGUGUAGGAUCCUUCCGAGAAUCCAGUCAAUGAGGUGGUUGUACGGAAUGGGCGACAGAGUGCAACCCUGUCGAGGACAAGAUCGGAUUUCGAACGAAUGUCGGCACAAGGAUGUCCGUUCCCCAGUUAUUAAAAACUGCAUCUCUCCACGCUUGUUCAAUCACCUUAUGGAGCCAGGGCGCUAGUGUCGGCACAAAAAUUGUAGAUUUCAGCGAGAAUACCGUCCUUUGGGCGCCAUAUUGUUGUGCAACCUCUGUACUGCAUCGGCAACUUCUCCCUCAGAACAGGAGUCUAAUGACACUGCACAGACAGAAGAGGGAUAAAACACUGCCUCAGAGGAGAGCGAGGGUGUGAUGAUUUGCUCAUCAAAGUUGUUAAGGUGCUCGAAGUGUUCACGACAGCGAUCUAUCUUAACGGAGUUUUCAACAACAAAGCCGCCGUUCAUAUCGCGACCAGAGUCAAUAAGUGUCGAGGGUGGAGUUUUUGUACGCCACCAACGUUUGAGGCCUGUUCCAUGGAGGACGCUGUUUUAGUCCAGUAUUUCUGCCAGUCAUCCCCAGCUGACUUUGCUGUCAUUUUCUGGAGUUGGCGGAAAGCAGCAUCAUUGUUGGACCUGGCAGGAGCCGCCUGGGCAGACAACUGCAGGGUUCUUCUGCUGACGCAGUCACUGCGACGCCGCUGGGUAAAUCCAAGAAUUUCCUCAGCUAUCCCAUAGACUGGUGAUUUUAGUAAUGACCAUCGACUACUGUCUUUUCCGUCGGCUCAGGCCGUAAAACGGGGCCGGAUUUUUGUGCUCAGGGCCUCAAAAGUGCUGGGUUGUUGAAGUUUUGCAACACCAAUGCGUCUCGCACGUGACAUUUGGCUGCAGAUGAAAGGUGAACUUUCAGGAGUGCGCGAACGAGAACAUGGUCAGAUCCAUGGGCGUGUGUCCGUCGUUUAAAUAUCACGCCAGCAGAUGUUUGUGGCGACGCUGGAAGCACAUGUUGGGGGCAAACGGUCGGUUCUGAUCAGCAACAUUCAGCAUUCCACAACCAUUGUCGCGUCGAGAGCCAAGCCCAAAAUAACCAAUAAAGUGACUGUUUGGAGUAUCACCGGAUCCAGUGCGGCCAUUCCAGUUCCCGGCAACAACCAGCAGAUCACGACGAGGGAGUCUUUUAAAUAACUUCUACAGCUGUGAGUAGAAGGUCUCUUUAUAGCGCUGUUCGGCAGAUGAUGUUGGUGUGUACACGGAGACGACAGAGAUUUUCGUUAAGUGUACCUUCAGUCGCACGUAAGCCAUCUGGUCAUUGACUUAUUCCCAUGCAAGUAGUGCACAGAUUGCUUGUUGAGAGAGGGCGAUUGCCACACCGUAUCUACCAGAAGGGUCGCGUGGGCCUCUGUGGCACAGGGUGAAGUGGGACAUGACUCCAGGGGCCUUUAUUGCCCCAACUCCUGAGUCGGGGAUUCAGACUUCAGGCAGGCAGCCGGCAUCCAUGUUGUACUGGUGAAGACUGCACGCCAUCAGACUUCGGUUGCCAGUGUCCAGAAAAUUUCGCACAUUCCAGCAUCCAGUACUGAGACUCUGUUCUCGGUUGAGUAGUUCAGCUCGCAUACCAUUCAUCCGAACUACUGGACCAGGUUUGCGAACGCUUCAGUCCCCAUAGACGCCGUAGCAUGAAUCGUAAUACUGUAGUCAGACAUUUUCAUGCGGUUUCUUUGGGAUUUUGAGUACAAGCAGGUCCCCAACAGCCGCCCAGAUGGUUUAUUCGAGGUUGCUUCCUAUAGCACCUUGGCCCAAAAACCUAGUCGGAAGACAUCAGUGACGAGCAAGCUUAUUUAAUGACGGUUCACGGUCACCAUGUGACAGAACCUUCGUCGGGCUUUGUGGCAUUUUAUAAGGUAGUCGGCUUGCCUGACCUCACCGCUCCGCUCCCUGCGUCGCUGGUCAGCGCCAGGCCCGAGAGCUUACUUAUUUCGCAGCCAACCUUCGCUGAAGGUCGUUCCACUAUCCGCGCCUGUGGACGUGGCCGGUAGCUAGUGGCUAGGCUAACGGACAAAUUGUUGUCCCGGAUAACUCCUCUGACUCAAAUAAGCCAAUUGAGUACAUGUCCAUUUUAUAGACGAUGAUCUUAUUGCAUUGAAUCUCCACGUCUCCCGCUCUCGUCUAUUUUGAGUGGGCCGACUCACCAUAAAUUUCAGCACUUCACCUACUUUCUCAUGUUUUAGUUUAAACAGCCCACCUGCAUGACUCUCAUCGCCAACUGACCUCAAAGUUAGGACUGUCCACUUAUUACAGCUUAGUAAUUUGUUAAUGAGGACUUCAUUUCCCGGGUGGGUUAUUACCUGACGUCUUCAGGUUAAAUGGCCACCUUUCACAAUUAGUCACGAAUGCUCGUCUUCUGCCUUGAGGUCUUCUGCAUUUUUCCAAACAACGCUUCCGUUUAUUAACAAAGCAUACGAACGUAGCAACUAAAAUUCCAAUCGUAUUCUAGUCCACUUGAAUGGAUUCUGAAUUUUAAUAAAUUUUUGUGUUUUUGAACUUAAACGGAGCGCUGAUUUUUUAUGCAUCAGUGUGUGGUUGUGAUGAGGGUUUCAUGUUAAGUUUUUUGUUUUUCUAGGAGGCGGAGAAAUAUCUGUCAAAUCUCGUGGUUAAAAAAACAGUACAAGCAAAAAUUGACCGACUGGACGCGGUUGUUCGGUUUACCGAAAAGAAGCUGGCAACUGAUGUUCUCAACGAUUGGUCCCACAACAUAAAUUCGCUCAUGUCACUCAUUAAUCAAACAACUCACCUCAUCAACAAGGAGCGUAUGGUUCAUGCUGUUUAA